UCAUCUUCAAUGUUCUGUAAUCGGUAUCACGCCCAAGAGUUCUCACUAAGGAUGAGCGUCUUGUGUGAGGUUAUCUUCGGUGCACUCACUCCUAAAGUUACUACGUCAUUCUCCAACAGAGAUUUCGUUCCUUUCCAAAACCACCUUGUCAAUUUGAAAACCUUUUCUUCUGUCUCUUUCCGCCAUCGAAAAUGGUUUGUGCUCAUUUCACAGCCCAGCUCCGUGAAGAAGACGCGUGGCAAGUAUAGCGGAGCUGAGUGUUCCACUUCUAGCCAGUGUAAUGCUUCAGAUGCUUUGGAGGGUGAUUUUGUGGUUGUGAAUUUUUACCAUUUUUUGUACAUCAAGGAUCCGGAAGCAGAAGUCGCCAAACACCUGGCUUUCAUGGAGGGUCUUGACUUAAAUGGCAGAAUAUAUUUGAAUGAACAAGGUAUAAAUGCGCAGUAUAGUGGACCAUCAAAAGAUGCUCUGGCAUAUGUCCAAUGGUUAAGACAAGAUGAAAAAUUUUCUGAUAUCCUAGUUCAGAUUUCUCCAUCAGUAAAAGGGCAUGCCUUUCCAAGGUUGAAGUUGCGGUACAAGCCUUCACUUGUACAGUUGGAAGGUGGCAUAUCACAUCUUCCUCUUCUUGAUCCUUCAAUGCGAGCAAUGCCUUUAGCGCCAUCAGAAUGGAGAGAUAGAUUGGAAGCAAUGAAUAGGACUGGUCUUACUUCAAAAGAGUGUGCUGACACCAAUUACAUUCUAUUGGAUGUGAGAAAUGGUUAUGAGUGGGAUAUUGGACAUUUUCGUGGUGCUUUGCGACCUAAUGUGGACUGCUUUAGAACCACUUCAUUUGGUUUGUCCCAGGAAGAGGUCACUGCUUCAGAUCCUUUAGCAAAUGCAGAUAAAGAUAAAACAAAUAUAUUGAUGUACUGCACUGGAGGGAUUCGUUGUGACAUAUAUUCUACAAUAUUGAGAAAGCAGGGCUUUCGGAAUUUGUAUACCUUGAAGGGAGGUGUUUCUAACUAUUUAAAGAAUGAAGGUCCUGCGGAAUGGGUGGGAAAUCUAUUUGUGUUCGACUCUCGUCUGUCUCUGCCUCCUUCUUCAUAUUAUCCUGGAGCCACAAUUGAAACAGACAUGUUUGCAAAAUGCUACAUAUGUGGUUCUCAAGUCAGUGAAUUGAGGCAUAGGAACUGUGCAAAUCUUGACUGCAAUUUGCUUUUCCUGUGCUGCAGAAAAUGUGUGGAUGAUGUAAGGGGAUGCUGUUGUUGGAGUUGCACAAAAGCUCCUAGAAUUAGGCCUGUUUUAGAUGGAGGUCAGAGAUACAAAAAAUGGCACAUCUAUCGUGAUAUAGAUGUGCAGAGCAAGAUAACAACUUGAGCAUCAAUAAAAUAGACCUUUGUUUUCAUCACAAAUGUUGGUAUCUUAUGUUGGUAGUGUAAUUACAACUGACUAAACUUUAAUGUAUUUUCUUUACAUUUGUAUUGUAAGAGUGCUUUGGCAGGGAAAUGGAAUGGAAUUUUGCUGAAGUGAGAA